AUGUCCCCCGAGGCUCUCGCCGGGUUGUUGGCCGCGCCAGCGCUCGCUGCGCCGGAAGGGGUGACGCCAAAUUUCGAAAACCCGCCAAAUAGCAAUGGUUUGGCCUGGUUUGUGACAACUAUUUGUAUGGUCGUUGCGACCGCAUGUGUAUGUCUGCGCUUGUUCGCUCGGGUGUGGAUUGAUAAAAAGAUUCGUGUGGAGGAAGCCCAAACACGACUAAUCAUUGUUUUAACGACAGUUAUGAUGAUAUGCGCCUACGGUGCUUACUGGGGAACUGCUUACGCUGGCUAUUCGUUGAUAUUCACGCCCGGUUAUUUUGUUCACACCUGGAAUCUCCACAACAAAGACCUCAUCCAACCACUCUACCUGAUUCUCAUCUACGGCUGCUGUUAUUCGGCGGUCUUGCCGUUGAUCAAAACCGCUAUCCUUAUGGAUUGGUGUCGAGUUUUUGUCCCAAUUGACAGAACUCGUAAUCUAUUUUGGAUUGGAUGCUGGGCCGUGAUUGCCCUACAAUGUCUGUGGGGAAUACUUUGCAUCAUUCUUCUGAAUAUGCAGUGUCGUCCUCACGAGGCGAUCUGGAAAUUCUACAUUCCCAGCAAAUGCUACUCUCUGCCAAAUGUGAUGCUUACAUCUGCCUCGGUGCAAGUUAUCUCCGAUGUGGCAAUGUUUCUCUUGCCACAGCGAAUUAUUUGGAGCCUGCAGAUGAGCUGGCCGAAGAAGAUCGGUAUUUCGAUCAUCUUCGGUGUUGGUAUCCUGGCAUCUAUUUCAGCAAUUUUCCGCUUAGCUCAUACGGUCGCCUUCGCAAAACAAGCAGACAGCAUGUAUCUAAUCGGGCCUCUCCUCUUUUGGGCCUGUGCCGAGAUGAGUUGCGGUUUCUUCAUCUUUAGUGUUCCCUGUUUGUCCAAGAUGAUCAUUGAGACCGGACUUGCUCGUCGAUUGACGAGCGCCCUUGGACUUAGUGCAAAGCCUAGCAACCCAUCUGAUCAAACUCCAAAUUCUGCCCCUCGCCAUUUGUCGCGUGCUAUCUCUCGAGGAAAUAUUUCUAAGCCUUGGCUCACGACAGAUACAAACUACCCCCAGAUAGACGAAGACAAUAUUCCUAUGAGGGAUAAGGGGAAGUCUGAGUCACAGACAAAUCUACAUAAUGAUCUCGAGUCUCAAGAUUAUCAAAAUGAUGCCCAGGCAGGCAGAUUACAUGCCAGUGUCACGAAUGACUCUCGUUUUCACUCUGGUAGUGAGCAAACAUCUUUGAAAGAGCCAAAUCUCUAG